GCUUCCUUUGUUUAGUGUUGCCUGUGUUCUGCCCGAAAGUAGUGUUGUAGAUUUUAGUGCGCUGUGCCUGUAAUCAUUCAGUGACCGCCCUGUGCGUGUGUUGCCGCGUCAGGAAAGGAGUGUUGCGUCUCCAGGCACCUCCCGCCUCACGCCUUUCUUCCUCCCGUCUCCCGGAGUGUACACACCUGCACUAUUGAGGCACCUCCCGCCUCGCGCCUUCCUUCCUCCCGUCUCCCGGAGUGUACACACCUGCACUCUUGAGGCUGCUGGCGAGAGGAACUGUCGUCCCAAGCCCUCCACCAUGGCCGCCGCUCCAACAGUACAUGUCCAUCGCAUUAAGCUUAUCUGUCUCAUGGAGAACGCAGGCAAGGACGUCUUGACCUUUGUGUUGAAGCGCGGCGCGCUGAACGCCCCCGCCACGCCGCCGGGCCAGUCCCUCACUGACUACCUUGAUAACCUCCCUCAAGGCUCGACAGCCAACUAUGGCAGGAUGAAUAACAAACAAAAGAAAGCAGCACUGAGCAACACCGACCGCCGCCAAGCACAACGCUUCCCUCUAUGGGACAACUUUGAUGUAAGUUUAUUGCACAAAACAAUAAAGCUGACGUGCCAAGGCGUGGCGAGAGAUGGCGAUCCCGAAUGGCGGAACCAGAACACCCUGGAAGGAUUGGUAACGAAAAUCAAGGAUGAGCGGAAUGAACUCUUUCAUGAAGUGAAAGAUUUCAGCGAGGCAGAGUACCAGCACAAAGUCAACGAGUUAGAACACCUCUUUAUCCGAGUCCUCGCCGCAGCCAAGGCCAAAUACUGCAUUCCUGACGCAGAGGUGACACCCGUGCAGGACAACGCCCGGCAGGUCACUGAUACCUUCAGAAAUAUGGGAUUAGAGGAAGCAAUUUUAAGAUAUAAAUUAAGUAACAUGUGUCAAUUAUUCAUAAGCAUGAGUCAGACCCACCUCAAAGCAUUCUAUGAUCGCGUGCAAACCUUUGAUCCUCUGUCCUUCCUUACCAACUCACCAAAACACCUACAUCACAUCCAGGACAUUUUCUGCAAGAUGUCCCUCGUGGAAGGAAGAGGACACCUCCAACAGAGGCGAGACAUCGACACUUGCGACGUGCUGACGGUGACGCGCCGCGCGGGACAGAAUCCACAGCCGUCCACAUCCUCAUCGGCCACGCCGCCCACGCACGACGCCAAGCCACAGCUCAUCCUGAUCAGGGGCGUGGCAGGAAGCGGCAAAACGACCCUGCUCACCUUCCUUGUCUCAGAGUGGCUUCAAGAGCCCUGCGCCUGCACCAUCAAACACCUGGACGAGUACGACAUCGUGGUGCGUGUCUUGUGCCGCGAUGAUGAAGGCCCAUCUCUCCAGAACUUCCUCAAAGUGAUCCUCCCAAACCACUUUGCUGUGAUGGACGAACACCUCAUCCCCCUCCUACAACAAUGCAAGGUUCUCUUCCUGAUUGACGGCCUGGACGAACUGUCGCCAGGCACUCCAUCACACAGCCUUGUGAAGGACAUCAUCAACAUAUCGAAAUACUCGCCAGACUUCACACUCGUCUGCACAUCGCGGCCCGAAACAGUGCAAGACUUCUUGGCCAAAGUACCUGAUGGUUAUGAGGUGUGGGACAUGGAGAUGAGAAGUGUUAGCCAUGAACAAAGAAUUCAUUUUGUCAUGAAGCAUUACAACAGCUUCCCAGACAAGGGGGUCAAAGACCCUGAGAGGCUUGAGUACCUCAUGAAACACAUUGGCUGGAAGGAUUACCUCGGCCUGCCCUUGAACCUGCAUUUUAUUGCAUGGUUGUUUUAUUUCAAUGUAGACAACAUCAAGAUCACCACCACCCAGACCAGCCUGUACGUCACCAUACGAGACUGGUGCAUACAAAAACUGCAGGCCAGACUCACAGGUCAUCCACAAGACAUAAAGACCCGCGAGGUGCUCAUUUCUAUGGUUCUACAAGAUAUAUACGACACAUCAUUGCAAGCUCUUCUUCAAGACCGACUCACUCUGUCAAAACAGGAAGAGCAGAAGCUGAUCUGUUGCUGCUUUGGAAAAGGAUUACCCAGCAAGGAAGUCAUCCCAGCGUUUUUCAGUCUUCAAGACACCAGUGACAGGCUGGGGCAUCAUCAGAAGUAUGCAGCCCCACACAAGAGCCUACAGGAAUUCUACGGUGCAUCAGCAAUCGUCCACAAGCUGGUGGAGGACUCACACUCAGCAAACAUACGACGCAUGCUUCACGACCCGCCGCCAGAACAGCUCCGGAACUUGAGGAACCUGCUGCUGCACGUGGCAGGUCUCCUCUGCCACCCUAACACACCACUUUGUGCUGCAGCCAUACAAGAGGUGGUGGACUUGCUGGCGGAGACUGGUGUGGAAAGGUGUGAUGAUUGGCUGUCCAUGCUGGAGGACACUGAGGUGAACAGGACUGCCUUGGAUUGUGUUGUCAGACACAUUACAAGUGAUAAGAGGGAGAUGGUAAUAAUAACAGACAGCACCAUCACCAGUGCCAGGGCCCUCCUCCCCCUCAUCCCCUCCAAGGUGGUACGGAUACAGCUAAGCAGGAAGGAAUCAGACGUGCAGGGGCUCAUCUUUGAACACCACAAAUACAUUGAUCUGUCCCUGCACCACCAAUACAGGCAUCCAGACCAAGCCACUCUCUGUGACUCCUUGCUGCGUGCCAUGCCCAGGAGUCACCUUGACUGGUUCACGGGUCACCUAAGUGGUGCCGGCACACAGCUGCUGCAGGAGUGCCGGGCCCUGCAGUGGCUCCACCUGGCCGUGUGUGACCAAGACGCCCAAAAGAUUCUGGCCGCCAUCAGCGCCGUCCACGCGUCGCUGCCUCAGCUACACAAGCUCUGCCUACACGUCCCCGUGGGUGCGUUGAAGACACAGGCGUGCACCACACGGCUGCCUAGCUGCCCAUGGGUGUUCCUCGUGUUGUCUGGCGUGGACGAGAGGCUGCUGGAGGAGGCGGCCCAGAUAGCACAGCUCCUGCAGCCCACACAGCGCCCAUACUGGAGCAUCAGCUUCCCCGGCAGCAGCAUGAAGGCAGAUGUGUGGCGGCGCUGCCUUCACAAGCUGGCCAAUGCCGGCGUCACGGUGAUGCGUCGUGGUGGUGGUGUUGGUAUUGUAGCACCGCACACCAGCCCCAUCACGGAGGAAGAGCAGUGGGAGCUGGACACCCUUGCCAGCACCACGAUGUUACGUGCCUUCACCAGACGGCCUGAAGAGGACCUGUGGCAGUACCUGUAAUCCCCGUGACGGCCAGACUCAUCGGUGCUGGAAGUGCAUCCACUCACGAGGCAAAGACAUGGGCUGCAUUUAUCCUACUGCAUUGUGUGUGUACAAGUCUACAGUGUGGCGCUCUCUCUCUCUCUCUCUCUCUCUCUCUCUCUCUCUCUCUCUCUCUCUCUCUCUCUCUCUCUCUCUCUCUCUCUCUCUCUCUCUGAUGAUUCAAAUUAUAUUCUUAAGUUUGUUAGAAUUCUUAAGUCUUGAUUCUCUCUCUCUCUCUCUCUCUCUCUCUCUCUCUCUCUCUCUCUCUCUCUCUCUCUCUCUCUCUCUCUCUCUCUGAUGAUUCAAAUUACAUUCUUAAGUUUGUUAGAAUUCUUAAGUCUUGAUGUAGUCUCUCUCUCUCUCUCUCUCUCUCUCUCUCUCUCUCUCUCUCUCUCUCUCUCUCUCUCUCUCUCUCUCUCUCUCUCUCUCUCUCUCUCUCUCUCUCUCUCAUGGUUCAAAUCAUAUUCUUAAGUUUGUUAGAAUUCUUAAGUCUUGAUUCUCUCUCUCUCUCUCUCUCUCUCUCUCUCUCUCUCUCUCUCUCUCUCUCUCUCUCUCUCUCUCUCUCUCUCUCUCUCUCUCUGAUGAUUCAAAUUAUAUUAUUAAGUUUGUUAGAAUUCUUAAGUCUUGAUGUAGUUUCUCUCUCUCUCUCUCUCUCUCUCUCUCUCUCUCUCUCUCUCUCUCUCUCUCUCUCUCUGAUGAUUCAAAUUAUAUUCUUCAAAUUAUAUUCUUAAGUUUGUUAUAAUUCUUAAGUCUUGAUGUAGUCUCUCUCUCUCUCUCUCUCUCUCUCUCUCUCUCUCUCUCUCUCUCUCUCUCUCUCUCUCUCUCUCUCUCUCUCUCUCUCUCUCUCUCUCAUGAUUCAAAUUAUAUUCUUCAAAUUAUAUUCUUAAGUUUGUUAUAAUUCUUAAGUCUUGAUGUAGUCUCUCUCUCUCUCUCUCUCUCUCUCUCUCUCUCUCUCUCUCUCUCUCUCUCUCUCUCUCUCUCUCUCUCUCAUGAUUCAAAUUAUAUUCUUAUGUUUGUAAGAAUUCUUAAGUCGUAAUGUAGUCUCUCUCUCUCUCUCUCUCUCUCUCUCUCUCUCUCUCUCUCUCUCUCUCUCUCUCUCUCUCUCUCUCUCUGAUAAUUCAAAUUAUAUUCUUAUGUUUGUUAGAAUUCUUAAGUCUUAAUGUAGUCUCUCUCUCUCUCUCUCUCUCUCUCUCUCUCUCUCUCUCUCUCUCUCUCCCUCUGAUAAUUCAAAUUAUAUUCUUAUGUUUGUUAGAAUUCUUAAGUCUUAAUGUAGUCUCUCUCUCUCUCUCUCUCUCUCUCUCUCUCUCUCUCUCUCUCUCUCUCUCUCUCUCUCUCUCUCUCUGAUGAUUCAAAUUAUAUUCUUAAGUUUGUUAGAAUUCUUAAGUCUUGAUGUAGUUUCUCUCUCUCUCUCUCUCUCUCUCUCUCUCUCUCUCUCUCUCUCUCUCUCUCUCUCUCUCUCUCUCUCUCUCUCUCUCUCUCUCUCUCUCUCUCUCUCUCU